AUGCCCUCCAGCCAAUCUCCCGAGCCUUCGGCCGCUUCACGAUUCCUCCAAUCCGAGGUCUACCGACUCGGCGCCCAGCCGGGCCUGCGCUCAUUGCCUCAAAGCCCCGAACGCGACUUCCUAACCCUUACCUGGGGCCCCAUCAUCUAUCGGACGACGUAUGCCCCCGAAUCGGACCGUCUCUUGCCCAUAUUCCUGCGCGCGCUGAAUAACGAGACCCAAAAAGCUCUACCGCGAUGUCUCUCGGGAACGCCUAAGCAGAUUCAUCUCUUGGAAACCACCUAUGCGUCUAAGGUCUUCAGCAUUGAGAAUUCGUAUGAAGGAGCCGACGAAGCGACCAUUCGGAAAGCCUUUCGGCAAUGGAAGAUUGCGUUGGCCUUGCCCUCGUUUGAACUGCCGGUCCGUUUAAGGAUAUGCCUGAUCGUGGAUGAUGUUGUGUUGGCUUCAUUGACGAAAAGAGUGGAUGCAGCCGCAUCAGAAGGCAAGGAUGGGGACUUUUCGCGAUGUCCGGUCAAAGUUGUGGAGGAGAACUUCCCAGAUAAGGUACGAAGGAAUUCGAAUCCAGCCGCUGGGCCGUAUCCUGGCUGGACGACGGUGGUGUUAUCAUCACUGGUCGAAGUGUAUAACGGACUGCGACAUGGAAAUGGCCUCGUGGAGUAUCAUCAGCCCGGCCGGAUAUACACAGGGAACGGACAAUGGGACUUGGAGUGCGACGUGUUGUAA